AUGUGGGGGAGCCACGGGGAUGUGGUGAGCCACGGGGAUGUGUGGAGCCACGGGGAUGUGUGGAGCCACGGGGAUGUGUGGAGCCACGGGGAUGUGUGGAGCCACGGGGAUGUGGUGAGCCACGGGGAUGUGGGGGAGCCACGGGGACGUGAGGAACCACAGGGACGUGAGGAACCACAGGGACAUGAGGAACCACAGGGACGUGAGGAACCACAGGGACGUGAGGAACCACAGGGACGUGAGGAACCACAGGGACGUGAGGAACCACAGGGACGUGAGGAACCACAGGGACGUGAGGAACCACAGGGACGUGAGGAACCACAGGGACGUGAGGAACCACAGGGACGUGAGGAACCACAGGGACGUGAGGAACCACAGGGACGUGAGGAACCACAGGGACGUGAGGAACCACAGGGACGUGAGGAACCACAGGGACGUGAGGAACCACAGGGACGUGAGGAACCACAGGGACGUGAGGAACCACAGGGACGUGAGGAACCACAGGGACGUGAGGAACCACAGGGACGUGAGGAACCACAGGGACGUGAGGAACCACAGGGACGUGAGGAACCACAGGGACGUGAGGAACCACAGGGACGUGAGGAACCACAGGGACGUGAGGAACCACAGGGACGUGAGGAACCACAGGGACGUGAGGAACCACAGGGACGUGAGGAACCACAGGGACGUGAGGAACCACAGGGACGUGAGGAACCACAGGGACGUGAGGAACCACAGGGACGUGAGGAACCACAGGGACGUGAGGAACCACAGGGACGUGAGGAACCACAGGGACGUGAGGAACCACAGGGACGUGAGGAACCACAGGGACGUGAGGAACCACAGGGACGUGAGGAACCACAGGGACGUGAGGAACCACAGGGACGUGAGGAACCACAGGGACGUGAGGAACCACAGGGACGUGAGGAACCACAGGGACAUGAGGAACCAGUUAUAACAUCAAAUAUAAGACCCAUACCUUGA